AUGCCCGCGGAUAGGCGCAGGAAAAGCAUGAUACCAGAUGAUGGGGAGCAUCGACCAAUGAGCUCGACACGCCUAUCUCGUCUCUUCAGCUGCCUAGCCUGCCGACAACGCAAGGUCAAAUGCGACUCGGGCAAACCGUUAUGCGGGAAUUGCAUCCAAGCUGGCGCAUCAGAAUGCGUCUAUAAAGAGCGACAAAAACCAGGACUCAAGCCUGGCAUCGGCACAGCGCUCGUAGAUCGCGUGGCAGCCCUCGAAUCCGCCAUGCUACACCAAGCAAGCCGAGUUGACAAAAUUUAUGGUCUUCUGGACCAAAAGCUAACCCCGCCUCCUUCAAUCGCAUCACCAGCACUUCCGUCCUCAACGCUGGACUCGCACGUCUCCCCACCCGCACCGUACCUCGCUGCAGUCACCCCCGUUCCAUCUAUGCCAUCGCAUCCGAUGGACAUCUCACACUCAGUUAUGGAAAUACCCCAUGUGGAGCCAACACCGACUUAUGCGCAAAAUCAUGUCACGCCGGGGAUGGUGGAUAACAGAAUGAGCCAUGAGUCUCCAGUAUCGACAUCUUCUUUCGUCGAUAACGCGGACUUACCGCCGAAUGAUCUCGUAGCUCAUCUGAUUGACCUGUAUUUCAAUCAUGUUGCACCCUUCGCGCCGUUUCUCCUCCGUGACCAUUCCUACGUGCACCAAGACACCGACAUGAAUGGUACUAUUCCGCGCGGAUGGCCAGUGACAGUGUACGCAAUGGUUGCAGUCUCACUCCGCUUCUCUUUCGACCCGCGCUGGCAAAUGCCCGGCUUCCUUACAAAAGAACAAUACUACAAAGCCGCCAAACAGCGCGUGGUUAUGCACGCGAUCGAGAGCACCUCGUUCCAAUCUCUUCAGGCACUUGCCAUCAUCGCUCUCGAUACUAUCGGGACAGGUGCGGGGCCAAGUGCUUGGGGCGUGCUGGCUCUUCUGACAAGGAGUGUGAUGCAUCUCGGGCUGCAGAGCGAAGAAGACCCCGGUGCGCAGAGCAGAGUUGCCCCGCUCAGUAGAGUGUCAUUGUUGAAGAGCCCGAAGAAUUUUAGGGAGGAAGAGGGCAGGAGGAGGCUUUUUUGGGUCAUAUACGUGCUCGAUCGAUGGGCCAGCGUUUCGACUGGGUGGGAUUUUGCUCUAAGCGACCAACAAAUAUCGAGGAAUCUUCCCUGUAGAGAGGAUUUCUGGUUGAGUGAUAGCCGUGUCGUGACACGCGAGUUUCGGUCACCAUUAUUUGAUGACGGUUUAAUGCACCAAGAAGAGUUCCUUGAUCCUCUAGCAUAUCUGGUUGAGAUCGCGGAUCUUCUUGGCCGAGUCCACCAGCUUCAUCGGCAUCCACUGAACCCGACGAGCGAAGUUGAAGUAACGCACUUUUACGAACGGACACGCACGCUGGAUGCUGCAGUUCGACGAUGGUACUGCCGGCUUCCUCCAGAAAUAUCCUCUCCCGCUCGGAUUGAUUCUCAUCCCAUGAUCGUUCUCGUCCAAGCAAUGUACCAUGCCACCUUGAUCAAGCUGCAGUCCAUUGUGGCCCACCCACCGGACCUCUCGUCCUACAUGCAGCCGAACGCGGAAGCAGGGCAACAUAUUGUCCAGUCAGCGAAGCAAGUGGCUCUGCUUGCAAGGGCGGUGACACAGACCGGGUUAAAGAUACCACACACGAGCCCGUUCUUAGCUUGGUGCAUGUGGGUUGCGGGAAGGGUGAUCUUCAUGGAGGCAUACCACGGGGCUGAACCGGUAGAUGGCGACAUACAUGAAAUUGUGCAGGCUUUGGAAAUGUCUGGAAGAUAUUGGGAUGUUGCUCGGCGAUAUGCGUCACUGUUGAAAAAAGCCAUCGACAAAAUGCAAGAUCAUAACCCCUUCGGCGCCGUUGCGACUCAAUCAAGAAGCCGAGCGACAGCAAUCUCGGCUCUCCUUGAUCUCCGGCGAACAGCGUUCGGUGCUGAUCUUGCCGUCCCGACAAGUGGGACGCAGACACCGGCCAACCCUGUUUCUGUGCAACAACCAAACGACGAUUAUACCAAGAUAUUGGACGGCAUGUUAGCGACAUGGGCGGACCAGCAAAACGUGUUAGAUUUGCAGUGGUUUGAGAUGCCGAAUGUCGUCAUGUAGCUUUUACCCCUGCUCCUUGAUUAACUCUUCUUUUCUUUUCCUUGGAGGACUGAAGUUUGUAGUGUCGCCUGUUCUGUUCAGGGACAUGGUCAUGUGUAUGAUCUAACGUUGG